AUGUUAUCGAAGCUCCCUCAGCAGCAGCAACAACACCAACAACGCUCUCUCUCCUCCUCCUCCGCCAUGGAAGUCGUCCGGCGCACACGUGGCAGGCCUCCAGGUUCCAAAAACAAACCAAAGGCACCACCUGUCUUGCUCACUCCGGAGGCUCCUGUUAUGAGCCCUUACAUCCUCCAAGUUCCCUCUGGAAACGACGUCGUCGAAGCCAUCAACCGCUUCUGCCGCCGAAAAGCCAUCGGCGUCUGCGUCCUCAGUGGCUCCGGCUCCGUGGCUAACGUCACCUUGCGUCAGCCUUCCCCAGCAGCUCCUGGCUCCACCAUCACUUUCCACGGCAAGUUCGAUCUCCUCUCCGUCUCCGCCGCUUUCCUCCCUCCUCCCGUCCCCAAUUUCUUCACCGUCUCACUCGCCGGACCUCAGGGACAGAUCAUCGGUGGAUUCGUCGCCGGUCCCCUCAUUUCCGCCGGAACCGUCUACGUCAUCGCCGCCAGUUUCAACAACCCUUCCUAUCACCGGUUACCCGCGGAGGAAAGGCAAAGAAACUCCGAAGGGGAAAACCAGUCGCCGCCGGUCUCUGGAGGCGGUGGAGAGUCGAUGUACAGUUGCCACAUGGGUGGCUCUGAUGCUCUUUGGGCCCCCACCGCCAGAGCUCCACCGCCAUACUAA